CUGAGGCAGUCGUGGGAUGCUCAAAUUCUAUAUCAUACACCAGAGUUUUUGACUUCUUUGCACAACUGUUAGAAAUCAAAUCAAAAGAGAGAAAAAAGAAAUCCCCAAAUCUGAACCCUAAAAGAUGGCGAAGAUAUGGGGAAAGAUGUGGGCUUUGAUGGGUUUGCUUCUUUUUAAUUCGGUGUGUAAUGUUUCCUCCCUUUCGGUGAAUGUAAACAACAUCGAAUGUGUGUACGAAUAUGUGCUUUACGAAGGAGACACGAUUUCCGGCAACUUUGUCGUCGUUGACCAUGAUAUUUUCUGGGGUUCCGACCACCCUGGCAUUGAUUUCACUGUGACUUCUCCUCUGGGUAAUACAGUUCACGAAUUGAAGGGGACAUCUGGGGACAAGUUUGAAGUCAAAGCCCCAAGAAGCGGAAUGUACAAAUUUUGUUUUCACAAUCCCCACUCUGCACCAGAGACCGUCUCUUUCCAUAUCCACGUUGGCCAUAUUCCUACUGAGCAUGAUCUUGCCAAAGACGAACAUUUGGACCCAAUUAAUGUUAAAAUCGCCGAACUUAGAGAAGCCUUGGAAUCCGUUACAGCAGAACAAAAGUACUUGAAAGCACGUGAUACUCGGCAUCGUCAUACAAAUGAGAGCACAAGGAAGCGAGUUAUAGGAUACACAGUUGGAGAGUACAUUUUGCUAACUCUAGUUAGUGCACUUCAAGUUAUCUAUAUCCGCCAACUCUUCAGCAAAUCAGUUGCGUACAACCGAGUUUGAACCACUUGAUGUCUGAUUAUUACUUUUAUUAUGUAUUUUGUAGACGAGUUCACAGAAAAAUUAUGCAAUCAAACAGUUCGGUGUUUUAUGUUUUUAUUUUAAAUACAGUGUAGCUUCUUGACAUUAAAGUUUUAGACUGACUUCUAUCAAAUUGACAUUCUUUUUUACUUUCCAUUGGAAA